AUGGGCCUAGGAAAAACCAUCCAGUCUCUUUCCUUUCUGAAUCAUUUACUAAACUACAAUAUUCGAGGGCCGUUCUUAGUAAUAGCUCCGCUGUCUACGAUUGCUAACUGGCAAAGAGAAAUUGAAGCUUGGACUGAUAUGAAUGUCGUUGUUUAUCAUGGAAGCUCCGCAAGCAGGCAACUUAUACGUGACUAUGAACUGUAUUAUCGUGAUAGUAAUGGCGUUCCAAAUCUCAAUGCUAUCAAAUUUCAAAUUAUCAUAACUACUUACGAAAUAAUACUUUCCGAUAAUCCAGACUUGCGUGCUAUUCCGUGGAAGGUAGUGGUUAUAGAUGAAGCACAUCGCUUAAAAAAUCGUCAUUGUAAAUUAUUGGAAGGCUUAAAAUUGCUGCAUAUGGAUCAUCGAAUAUUACUGACUGGAACCCCUCUACAAAAUAAUGUAGAAGAAUUAUUUAGUUUACUAAACUUCCUAGAACCUGCUCGAUUUGCAUCCGAUGUUAUGUUCUUAUCAGAAUUUGGUAACUUGAAAACAGAAGCCCAAGUGGACAAAUUGCAAACUAUACUAAAACCGAUGAUGUUACGCCGAUUGAAAGAGGACGUAGAAAAGAAUUUAGCUCCGAAGGAAGAAACCAUCAUAGAGGUUGAACUAACUCCAAUUCAAAAAAAAUUCUAUCGGGCAAUACUUGAAAGAAACUUUAACUUUCUAUCGAAAGGAGCGAAUACUUCGAAUCUCCCUAAUUUAAUGAAUACUAUGAUGGAAUUAAGAAAAUGUUGUAAUCAUCCAUUUUUGAUUAAUGGAGCCGAAGAAAAGAUUGUAGGAGAAUUUACAGCAAAUAAUCAAGUCAACGGAAUAAAUGCAGCUAUCCAUGCUAUGAUCCAGGCAUCAGGAAAGUUGGUACUAAUUGAUAAGUUGCUACCCAAAUUAAAAGACGGAGGCCAUAAGGUUCUAAUAUUUUCACAAAUGGUUCGUUGUUUGGACAUACUGGAAGAUUAUUUAGUAUACCGAAGGUAUCAGUAUGAACGGAUAGAUGGAAGAGUAAGAGGAAAUCUCCGUCAGGCAGCUAUUGAUAGAUUCUGUAAACCAGAAUCGGAUAGGUUUGUAUUCCUACUUUGUACAAGAGCCGGAGGUUUGGGUAUAAACCUUACUGCCGCAGACACCGUAGUAAUAUUUGAUUCGGAUUGGAAUCCCCAAAAUGACUUACAAGCUCAGGCUAGGUGCCAUAGAAUUGGCCAAAGUAAAGCUGUAAAAGUUUACCGGUUAAUAACUCAGAAUUCAUACGAACGGGAAAUGUUUGAUCGCGCUAGCUUAAAGUUAGGCUUAGAUAGGGCAGUCCUUCAAUCGAUGAGUGGAAAUAAAGACUCUGUACCAACUCAGCAGGGAUUAUCGAAAAGGGAUGUUGAAGAUCUUCUACGCAAAGGUGCAUAUGGUGCUCUGAUGGAAGAAGACAAUGAAGAUAGUUCGAAAUUCUGUGAAGAAGAUAUUGAUCAAAUUCUCGAGCGACGAACUCAAGUUAUUCACAUCGAAAGUGAAGGAAAAGGGUCGACUUUUGCAAAGGCAAGCUUUGUGUCUUCAGAUAAUCAAGACGACAUAGAUAUUGAUGACCCCAACUUUUGGCAGAAGUGGGCACAGAAGGCUAACUUGGAUAUGGAUGACAGCAAGUCUAAGGAGGGAUUAAUUUUGAAUGAACCACGGCAAAGACGUCAAACGAAGCGGUAUGGUACAGAUGAUACCAUAUAUGAUAUUUCGGAUGAAGAUUUGGAUCCUGAUUACACCCCUAAAAAGCAAGUAGGCUGGAGUAGAGUCGAAUGUUUUCGUGUAGAAAAGUAUUUAUUAAUAUACGGCUGGGGACGGUGGAAGGAUAUACUAAGAGUGGCUCGGUUUAAGCGUAAGCUUACUGAGAAAGACAUUGAAGCUAUCUCAAAAACAAUUCUGCUGUAUUGUGCUCAAUUCUAUAAUGGCGAUGAUAAAGUCAAAGACUUCGUCCACGCAAUUGUCGAUUCAAGUGCUACUGGGACUUCCAAAGAAAGUGAGUUAUAUGAAUACCACCGACCGCUGUCGGUUAAGUUUAGCCUUAAAAAUGAAGAUUAUAAAAAUUUUCAGUUGUAG